CGUGUAUUUUAAUCUCUACACAAUCAACCAGUCACAACUUUUGACACAAGCCAAUGAAUGUGGUGUCACAACUAUCCCUCUUGCAGAAUAGGCUUCUAUCAAGUUCUCUUUGCUACCCCUUUCAAGCAAUCAUCCAAACAAAUUGACCACAUGUCAAAAGGAGUGGUGUUGGCUGUAUUUAACUGACAAGAUUGUACACAUUAAGUACAGCUUAGGUGACCAGAGUUCACCCAAACACUUCAAAAAACGAUGCACUGAAAGAGCUUUUUCCAUCAUGGGAGAGCAAGGGGUCCUUCAUCUUGAGGACACUGAUCAAACACAGAGGUCCCAGUGGGUGCUUGAUUCUCCCAACCCACCCCCUAUUUGGAAGAAGCUAUAUAGUUCUCUCAAGGGAAACCUUUUGCCUCAUGGGAACAAGUUCUGCUUUUCUUCAUCUAAGAAGGACACUUUCCAUGGACAUGCUGUCUCAUGCUUCCAGGGUUUGUUCCCAAUACUUACUUGGUUGAGAGAUUACAAGGCCUCCAAGUUCAAAGAUGAUCUCUUAGCUGGUUUAACUCUUGCAAGCCUUAGCAUACCUCAGAGCAUUGGGUAUGCUAAUUUAGCAAAAGUUGAUCCUGAAUAUGGCCUGUAUACCAGUGUUGUUCCUCCUCUUAUUUAUGCUAUGAUGGGAAGCUCAAGAGAAAUUGCAAUUGGACCUGUAGCUGUAGUGUCAAUGUUGUUGUCCUCUCUGGUCCCUAAAGUGGAAGAUCCUGUGGCUAAUCCUCAUGCCUAUAGAAAUCUUGUCUUCACUGUGACAUUCUUCACUGGACUUUUUCAAACUGCAUUCGGUGUUUUCAGGUUGGGUUUUCUUGUGGAUUUUCUUUCACAUGCUGCACUAGUUGGGUUCAUGGCCGGCGCAGCGAUCGUUAUUGGUCUUCAGCAACUCAAAGGGUUGUUGGGGAUUAGUCACUUUACCACCAAAACAGAUGUAAUAUCAGUGUUGGCAUCUGUUUAUAAGUCACUACAUCAUCAAAUUACUUCUGAAGAAAAAUGGAACCCUCUGAAUUUUGUUCUGGGGUGUUCAUUCCUGAUUUUCCUUCUAAUUACCCGUUUUAUUGGCAGAAGAAACAGAAAGUUUUUCUGGUUGCCUGCUAUUUCUCCUCUUUUAUCAGUUAUACUUUCAACAUUAAUUGUGUAUUUGUCAAGAGCUGAUAACCAUGGGGUUAAUAUAAUAAAGCAUGUCAAAGGAGGCUUGAAUCCAAGUUCACUUCACCAGUUGCAAUUGAAUGGUCAACAUGUUGGACAAGCAGCAAAAAUUGGAUUGGUUUGUGCAGUUAUUGCACUCACUGAAGCAAUAGCGGUUGGUAGAUCUUUUGCUUCCAUUAAGGGAUACCAUCUUGAUGGGAACAAAGAAAUGUUAUCAAUGGGAGUCAUGAACAUUGCAGGAUCUUUAACUUCAUGCUAUGUGGCAACUGGUUCUUUCUCAAGGACUGCAGUGAAUUUCAGUGCAGGAUGUCAAACAGCGGUGUCAAAUAUUGUGAUGGCUAUUACUGUGGUUUUGUCCCUGGAAUUAUUUACAAGGCUUUUAUACUACACCCCUGUGGCUAUCCUUGCUUCUAUAAUCCUCUCUGCUCUUCCUGGAUUAAUUGACAUAAGUGAGGCUUGUUAUAUAUGGAAGGUUGACAAAUUAGACUUUCUUGCUUGUAUUGGUGCUUUCGUUGGUGUGUUGUUCGCAUCCGUAGAGAUUGGUCUUCUUGUUGCAGUGAUAAUCUCGUUUGCAAAGAUACUAAUACAAUCAAUUCGACCUGGAAUAGAAGUUCUAGGUAGAGUUCCAAGAACAGAAGCCUUUUGUGAUGUUACUCAAUAUCCAAUGGCCAUAAGCACUCCAGGGAUCAUAGUUAUUCGCAUAAGUUCUGGCUCACUCUGCUUUGCAAAUGCUAAUUUUGUUAGAGAAAGAAUUCUCAAGUGGGUCACACAAGAAGAAGAUGGCCUCAAAGAAACUACCAAGGGUCGAGUCCAAGCAGUAAUCCUAGACAUGACGAAUCUGAUGAAUGUUGAUACUUCCGGAAUUCUAGCUCUGGAGGAACUUCACAAGAGGUUGCUUUCACGUGGGGUAGAACUAGCUAUGGUCAACCCGAGGUGGCUAGUAAUUCACAAGCUUAAGCUUGCACAUUUUGUGGACAAAAUUGGAAAAGAAUGGGUUUUCCUCACAGUUGGAGAAGCCGUAGACGCAUGUCUCUCUUCUAAAAUUGCUAGAGACUGAUUGAUACCGUGUGUGUGUGUGUGUGUACUCACUCUAAACUUUAUUGCAUUGGGUAUGGAUUUGCAUAAAAAUUUGAUGCAUAAUUGCAUAUAUAUUUAAGCGCAUAAAUUUGUGAUAUAUCUUUGUAUUACACAGGUUAAGCAAUUAUAUCAAAAGGGAGGGAUAUCACAAUUUUGGCAGGGAGAGAUAUUUAUAUGUAUGCGCACUUAAAUGUAAUCCAUGAUUUUAAAAUUUGAAAUUAAAACAAUGAAAAUGAUCUGAGAUAAUUUAGAGUGCAUCUGAUAGGUCAUUUUACUAGCUUGUAACUUAUUUGACUAUUUUAUAAGCUUGCAAAAAUAAAAGUGUUUG